AUGGAUGGAGCCGACAGCAAAUCUUUCGGAGUUUCUGCGCGGAUAAAAGAGAAACGCGACCGGGAAGGCGCUCCGGAACGGCUGGUGGGGUGGGGGCGACUGGUAGGAUGGGGACGGUUGGUGGGGUGGGGCCGCCGGCUGUGCUCGAGUGGCUCCGCCUCAGAGUGGGUCGGCGGGAACGCACGGGGCGGGGCCGCGCUCGGGCUCCCGGGAAUUGUAGUCCACGCAGAUCGCUGUCUCCCCCUGGCCCAGCUCAGAGGCCCGCGGCACUUGCCCGGGAAAGUGGCGGGGGCCUGCGGGGCGCGAGGCUCUGGGCCCCAGGCCGGCCGCGAGCGGGAAUGGGGCCCAGCGCGAGUGCCCUGGCUGAUCCUGCCUCUGCUAUUCGGGCAGCUGCUGGCGCUGAUCGGCGGUGGGGAUGCAGUCUACCUCGAGGUCCGCGAGCUGGAGGAGAAGUGCUUCAUCCAGGAGAUCCCUGAUGGCACGGUGGUCAUAGGAAAGUACAAGACAGAGCUCUAUGAUCCAGCUAUGGAAAAGUAUCAGCCCUCCCCACAAUGGAUCAAUUUGUUCGUGUUUGUGAAGGACCCGGAGAACAAGAACCUUCUGGCCCGUCAGUAUGGCCCUCAGGGCAGCUUCACCUUCACUUCCCAGUCUCCUGGAGAGCACCAGAUCUGUCUUCACCUGGAGUCCAUCCGGUUCGCCCUUUUCUAUGAUGGCAAGCUGACCAUUCACUUGGACAUGCAGCUGGGUGAGCACACCAACGAUUAUGCAGAAUUUGCAGCCAACGACAAACUGACCCAGCUGCGUCUGCGCGUACAGCAGCUGGUGGAACAAGUGGGGCAGAUCCAGAAAGAGCAGGAGUACCAGAGGUGGCGAGAGGAGCGUUUCCGGCAGACCAGCGAGAGCACCAACCAGCGGGUUCUGUGGUGGUCCAUUGUGCAGACCCUCAUCCUCGUGGCCAUUGGUGUCUGGCAGAUGCAACAUCUCAAGGGCUUCUUUAAAGCUAAGAAACUGGUGUAGAUCGGAUCCCAGAGGCCUAGCCCCCAUUCACUCCCUUUUUGCUAACUGAUGGGGAAUGGCAGUCUGGUUAUCUCCUGGAAUCACGACCCCACCCAGCCCAAAGGGUUUCCUUGCUUUUGGCAGAGGGACAGAGAACCUCUUAGAACUGCUUUCUCUGUCGACUCUGGGAAGAGGAUGGGUUCCCAGCUAAAGACAGUGGGUGGGAGGAGUUCUGUGAAGCUGAGCAGAAGAGCGAAAGGGUAUCCCCAAUCACCUUAUUAAACAGGAUGAUUGAACUAUCCCAAGAUGGAGAAAUAAGAGUGAAUAUAAAUUAUAACCUCAGA